GGGAGGAGGAGGGGGAAAAAGUCCCCUUUCAACCUCACAUUCCUGCGCUUGGCCUCAGCCUGGAAAAUGUAUUAAUCCCGGAGCUUUUACGCUGGGAGACAAAGGACCUAAGCCAGACUUUGGGGGGGCGGGGGUGGUGGUGCCGGGAAGGGUGAUAAGAAAGCUCUGGGAACUUAAAGGGGGAGAGAUCGCUUAGGAGAAGCCCGGGCUGCAAGUUGAAGGCCCCCAUCCUGUGUCUGUGCGAGUGACAGACGCCCUGGACCACACGGGACCAGGCAGAAGCUGCAGGCCAAUGGAAGUGCCAAGACUCCGGGGGACAGCUCCUCGCACCCCAGCCGCCUUGUCAAGAAGGUAAAAAAGACACAGGAAGGAAAGACAGCCGAAAAGGCGCUCGGCUCUGGAACACAACAGGACUGUGGUGGGACCGGGGAAGCUGGAGCUGCCGGGAACCUCCCUUUGUCCUGCGCACCCUGGCGAAGGGGAAGAGAGGGCCGGGGGGCAACGGAUUCCACGUAGGAAGCUGUCCUGGGACCAGGCUUCAGCUUUCUGGAGCAGCCUUCGGUGUUGCAGCUCUAUGAGCUGCGAGUGGAUGACACCAUGACGUGGAGAACGGGACCCGGUUUCACCAUGCUGCUGGCUCUGUGGCUGAUCUGUGUCUCAGAACCCCACAUCCAUGGGGCGAAGCGCGCGGGCCAUCGGGGCCGGAAAGUGUCCUGGGUGUCCCCAGUGGGCAGUCGGCCUGCAAGGCCACUGAGGCACACGGGGAGAUCUGCGGGAACGGAGAGAUACCCCCGGGAGGAGCUGGGCCUCCAGAGAAGGAGGGGGGUGCCUGUGCUGAAGCUCCUGCCCCACACUGUCCUGCCAGCCCCAGCGGACUUCCGGGGUACCCAGGUGAGGUCCGAGCUGCCACUGACUGGCAGGAGCGUCCCUCGGGAGAUGGUCCGGGACGAGGGGUCUUCUCCUCGGCCUAGAAUGGAGCGUUUCCUCUCUGGGAUCAGCUCCCCCAGCAUCCUGGCCAGCUUCGCCGGGAAGAACCGGGUGUGGGUCAUCUCGGCCCCCCACGCCUCGGAAGGCUACUACCGCCUCAUGAUGAGCCUGCUGAAGCGCGACGUGUACUGCGAGCUGGCCGACAGGCACAUCCUGCAGAUCUUGCUCUUCCACCAGGUGGGCGAGGAGGGCGGCAAGGUGCGCAGGAUCACCAACGAGGGCCGGAUCCUGGAGCAGCCGCUAGAGCCCAGCCUGAUCCCCAAGCUGAUGGGCUUCCUGAAGCUGGAGAAGGGGAAGUUCGGCAUGGUGCUCUUGAAGAAGACGCUGCAGGUGGAGGAACGCUACCCCUAUCCCGUCAGACUCGAGGCUCUGUACGAAAUCAUCGACCAGAGCCCCAUGCGAAAGAUCGAGAAGAUCAUCCAGAAGAAUUUCGUCCAGAAGUGCAAAGCCGCUGGGGUGGAGGGUCAGGUGGUGGAAGAGGGGGACCACCCGAGGGGCGCGGGGGCAGAAGGCAGGUCCAGCGUGGGCAGUGACAAGAGGAAAGAAGAUCCGAGAAGAGCACCCAUCCCCCCAACCAGAGAGAGUCGGGUGAAGGUGACAAGGAAACCGGCCACCACCAGAGGGACUGCGCCCCCAGAUCCCCCAACCCCAAGGGCCACCACUCCUCCUCUGGCUCCAGUCACCACGGUGACCCGGGCCACAUCCGGGCUGGUCACCGGAGCGUCAAGAUCGACAACCACCACUACCUUCCCCACCAUUCAGAGGCUCUGGCCCACCUGGAUGCAUGUCUCUUUGGACCCCCGCAAGCCCCCUACCACGGCGGAGGUGACCACUGCCAGGGAACCCUCGGCCUCUGAGAACCUCUCCCCUUCCCCCAGGAAGGAGCAGCACAAGCAGCGGUCACCGAGCACCAGGAGGCCCGGCAAGGCCACCCGCGUGGAGAGCUUCACGGCUGGCCCUGCCACCACCAUCUCAGAGCACAGCAGCAGGGGUGGCCCUGGCCGUUUCCGGGACAACCGCACGGACAGGCGGGAGCAGGGCCACCGAGAGCUAAUUUUGGUGCCCGGUCCUCUCAAGCCAGCUAAGGGGAAACCGCCGAAAAAGAAGGCCCAGGACAAAGGCUUUAGCAACGAGUAUGAGGAUAAGCACCACAGCCGGCUUACCACCUCUCAUCUGGAGGAGGAGCUGCAGGUGGGCAGCAAGCCCCCUAAGAAAGCCAAAGAGUCCAAAAAGCACGAGAAACCCGACAAGAAAAAGAAGGUAAAGAAUGAGAAAGCGGACAAGCUCCUCAAGAGCGAAAAGCCAGCGAAGAAGGACAAGCCAGAGAAGAAGAACAAGCAAGACAAAGAGAAGAGCAAGAAGAAGAAGGCGGAUAAAAGCGAGCAGGAGGGCUACCUGAAGCCCCCAGCGAAACUCUUCCCACAGAGCCCCCAAAAGUCAGUGGCUGACCUGCUGGGUUCCUUUGAAGGCAAACGCAGGAUCCUCCUGAUCACCGCUCCCAAGGCUGAGAACCACAUGUAUGUGCAGCAGCGAGAUGACUAUCUGGAAAGUUUCUGCAAAAUGGCGACCAGGAGACUCUCCGUGAUCACCAUCUUUGGCCCAGCCCACAACAGCACCAUGAAGAUCGACCACUUCCAGCUAGAUAACAAGAGACCCAUGCGUGUGGUGGAUGAUGAAGACUUGGUAGACCAGCAUCUCAUCAGCGAGCUGAGGAAAGAGUAUGGAAUGACCUACAAUGACUUCUUCAUGGUGCUGACCGAUGUGGACCUGAGAGCUAAGCAAUACUACGAAGUGCCAAUAGCCAUGAAGUCUGUGUUCGAUUUCAUCGAUACUUUCCAGUCUCGAAUCAAAGACAUGGAGAAGCAGAAGAAGGAAGGCAUUGCUUGCAAGGAGGACAAGAAACAGUCACUGGAGAACUUUCUAUCCAGGUUCCGAUGGAGGAGGCGCUUGUUGGUGAUCUCGGCGCCCAACGAUGAAGACUGGGCCUAUUCACAGCAGCUCUCUGCCCUCAGUGGUCAGGCAUGCAAUUUUGGUUUGCGCCACAUAACCAUUCUGAAGCUUUUAGGCACUGGCGAGGAAAUUGGAGGAGUUCUCGAACUGUUCCCCAUUAAUGGGAGCUCUGUUGUUGAUCGUGAAGACGUACCUGCCCAUUUGGUGAAAGAUAUACGUAAUUAUUUUCAAGUGAGCCCAGAGUACUUCUCUAUGCUUCUAGUUGGAAAAGACGGAAAUGUGAAGUCCUGGUAUCCUUCCCCAAUGUGGUCCAUGGUGAUCGUGUACGAUUUAAUUGAUUCAAUGCAACUCCGGAGACAGGAAAUGGCCAUUCAGCAGUCACUGGGGAUGCGCUGUCCGGAAGAUGAGUAUGCAGGAUAUGGUUACCAUAGUUACCAUCAAGGAUACCAGGAUGGUUACCAGGAUGACUACCGCCAUCAUGAGAGUUACCACCAUGGGUACCCAUACUGAACAGAAGAAAUAUGUAAUCCUAGCCCCAGCCAUUGUCCCCUGCAGCUGCUGAAGCCACCUGUGGCCUGCUUCAUGAAGUUCUUCCACACUGCCCACGUGCCCUGCCUUUUUCUCUGUGUUCUUCUAAGACUAAAUAAAUAGCAAACUUUUGCUUA